GGUGCAGAGAAGAGCACUACGAGGCCGACGGCCUUCAAGCCGGUGCUGCCCCGCUCCGGUGCCAUCCUCCACUCCUCCCUGGAAGACAGCAGCCACAUCUCCCAGCAGCUGCACGCUCCGGACAAGGCAAAGGAGCAGGAGCUCAAGCCGGUGCUGUAUUCCGGAGGGCUCUCCGACUCCGGCAGGAACUCCAUGUCCAGCCUCCCGACCCACAGCACCAGCAGCAGCUACCAGCUGGACCCACUGGUCACCCCCAUGGGACCCAUCAACCGCUUUGGGGGCUCAGCCCACAACAUCACGCAGUGCGCGGUCAUCCAAGACAGCAACAUGAUGAGCCUGAAGGCGAUGUCCUUCUCCGACGGGGGCAACAAGAUCAUCAACCCUGGCAAAGCCCACCAUGCCUCGGAGAAGACCACUUGCAUCCGAUCACCCAUCUCCACGGAUGAGUCCACCAUCCAGGAGCUGGAGCAAAAGCUGCUAGAGAGGGAGGGAGAGCUGCAGGAGCUUCAGUCGAGCUUUGAGGAGAAGGAAGUCAGCUCCUGCCAGGUUUAUGAAGAGAAGCAGCGGCGCUGCAAAGAGGAGCUGGAGGGCCUCAAGCAGAAAUGCAACAGCAAGCUAAAGCAAACCUCACAGAAAACCCAGCGGACGCAGCAAGUCCUUCACCUGCAGGUGUUCCAGCUGCAGCAGGAGAAGAAACAGCUCCGCGAGGAGCUGGAGAACCUCAUGAAAGAGCAAAACCUGCUGGAGACCAAGCUGAGGUCCUACGAGAAGGAGAAGACCAGUUUUGCUCCAGCACUGGAGGAGACUCAGUGGGAGGUGUGCCAGAAGUCUGGCGAAAUCUCCCUCUUGAAGCAGCAGCUGAAGGAAUCCCAGACUGAGCUCAACACCAAGACCACGGAGAUCCUCAGCCUCAAAGCUCAGUUGAAGGAGGUGAGGGCUAAAAUGGAAGGGCUGGAGAUGAAAACCCGGGAUCUUGAGGACUCUCUGCGCACCAAGGCCAUGGAGUUGGAGGUGUGUGAAAAUGAGCUGCAGCGCAAGAAGAACGAGUCCGAACUCUUGAGAGAGAAGGUUAACCUGCUGGAGCAAGAGAUCGUGGACCUCCGAACGGAGCUCUCCAUCCUCAAGGAGCAGCUGAAGGAAAGCUGGGACAGGGCCAGGUCUGCCUCCAGCCCAGCCCUGGGGAUGGUGGAUGACACACAGGUCCUGCAGGGAGAGGUGGAGAGGCUGAAGGCAGAGCUGAAGGCCGAGCGGGACAACAACGAGCAGAUGACCUCCAGCUUCCAGCACGAGCGGCAGACGUGGAAGGAGGAAAAGGAGAAGGUGAUUCAUUACCAGAAGCAGCUGCAACAGAGCUACCUGCACAUGUACAAAAGGAACCAGAACCUGGAGAAGAUGCUCCAGCAGCUCGCCUCAGGGGAAGAUGGCAAGGAACCCAUCGAGUUGGACAUACCCGGUGCCGAUGUCCCCUAUGAAGACAUCAUUGCCACUGAGAUCUGACCCGGGCCUUCGCUCUCCUCCUCGCAGACAGACGUUUCUUCCAGGCAAGAAGGACUUCCUUGCGGCUCAGUCCAUGCUGGGUGCACCCUGUACAGUUCAGAUGUAUUUAUUAGCGGAGCUGAUGGCCUGGCCAGCUCCCAAGCCCUCCUCCCGUCCCAGUGUUGCACCGUGACGGUGCCCUGCGCUGCCUGUCGUGUUACAGAGGUGAACAAGCAAUUCAUGCCAAUGGUGACGUGCCCAGCACCUGCCCCUCGUGUCCGACGCAUCCUCAGCAGGAUGCCUUCUGCUCGCUUGGAGGACUGAGAAGACAGAGAUAAGGGCAAUAAGGGAACAGGACUUCAGCAAACA